GCGGGUGCCUCUGGGUAGCCGGUGGCUGAACCCCGCCUCACAGUUGAAGGCUCUGACGGCUGCAUCUUCGGCGCCGCUCCUUCCAGGAUGGCUACCCUGGUUGUAAACAAGCUAGCAGCCGGACUAGACAGUGGCCGGCAGGGCAGCCGGGGUAUGACUGUGGUGAAGGUUCUGGAGUGUGGAGUUUGUGAAGAUGUCUUUUCUUUGCAAGGAGACAAAGUUCCUCGCCUUUUGCUUUGUGGACACACAGUCUGUCAUGACUGUCUCACUCGACUACCCCUUCAUGGAAGAGCAAUACGGUGCCCAUUUGAUCGACAAGUAACAGAUCUAGGAGAUUCAGGUGUCUGGGGAUUGAAAAAAAAUUUUGCUUUACUGGAGCUUUUAGAACGACUGCAAAAUGGUCAUAUUGGUCAGUAUGGAGCUGCAGAAGAAGCCAUUGGGAUAUCUGGAGAGAGCAUCAUUCGUUGUGAUGAAGAUGAAGCCCAUGUUGCAUCUGUAUAUUGCACUGUGUGUGCAACUCACUUGUGCUCAGAGUGUUCUCAAGUUACCCAUUCCACAAAGACAUUAGCAAAGCACAGGCGCGUGCCUUUAGCUGAUAAACCUCAUGAGAAAACCAUGUGCUGUCAGCACCAGGUACAUGCCAUCGAGUUUGUUUGCCUGGAAGAAGGUUGUCAAACUAGCCCACUUAUGUGCUGUGUCUGCAAAGAAUAUGGAAAACACCAAGGUCACAAGCAUUCAGUAUUGGAACCAGAAGCUAACCAGAUCCGAGCAUCAAUUUUAGAUAUGGCCCAUUGUAUACGGACCUUCACUGAGGAAAUCUCAGAUUAUUCCAGAAAAUUAGUUGGAAUUGUUCAGCACAUUGAAGGAGGAGAACAAAUAGUGGAAGAUGGAAUCGGAAUGUCUCACACAGAACAUGUACCAGGUACUGCAGAAAAUGCCCGAUCGUGUGUCCGUGCUUAUUUUUCUGAUCUACAUGAAACUCUCUGUCGUCAGGAAGAAAUGGCUCUAAGUGUUGUUGAUGCUCAUGUUCGAGAAAAAUUGAUUUGGCUUAGGCAGCAACAAGAAGAUAUGACUAUUUUGUUGUCCCAGGUUUCAACAGCAUGUCUGCAUUGUGAAAAGACUUUACAACAGGAUGAUUGUAGAGUUGUUUUGGCAAAACAGGAAAUUACAAGAUUAUUGGAAACCUUGCAGAAACAGCAACAACAGUUUACAGAGGUUGCAGAUCAUAUUCAAUUGGAUGCUAGCAUUCCUGUCACUUUUACAAAGGACAAUAGAGUUCACAUUGGACCCAAAAUGGAAAUUCGAGUUGUUACAUUAGGUUUAGAUGGUGCUGGAAAAACUACUAUUUUGUUUAAGUUAAAACAGGAUGAGUUCAUGCAGCCCAUUCCAACAAUUGGUUUCAAUGUGGAAACUGUAGAAUAUAAAAAUCUAAAAUUCACUAUUUGGGAUGUUGGUGGAAAACACAAAUUAAGACCAUUGUGGAAACAUUAUUACCUUAAUACCCAAGCUGUUGUAUUUGUUGUUGACAGCAGUCAUAGAGACAGAAUUAGUGAAUCACACAGUGAACUUGCAAAGUUGUUAACGGAAAAAGAACUACGGGAUGCUUUGCUCCUGAUUUUUGCUAACAAACAGGAUGUUGCUGGAGCUCUGUCAGUAGAAGAAAUCACUGAACUUCUCAGUCUCCAUAAACUCUGCUGUGGCCGUAGUUGGUAUAUUCAGGGCUGUGAUGCUCGAAGUGGUAUGGGGCUGUACGAAGGGUUGGACUGGCUCUCACGGCAUCUUGUAGCUGCUGGAGUAUUAGAUGUUGCUUGAUUUAAAAUGCAGUUGUGGAUAAGAGGUAUUUUGCACACACUAUGUUAUCAGUAAUUCUGCAUUCCAAAUAUGAUAGUUAAUUUAGAAUGUGUAUGUAAAAAAAACAACCGUGGAUGGGAAACUAAGUAUGCUAUUACUUUUUUAAAAGUCUGUGAAAAAUUUAAAUGUCUGAGCAAAUUAGACUGGUUUAACUAGAGAUUUUGUUCAGAUAUAUCUUUUUAAAACUACAUUUGGUAUUUAAGUUUUCAGAUUAUAAUGUGACACAUGUAUUGGGAGAGAAGAAUUCACAGAGAAAGGGUAAAUGAAGGUUUGUUUUUUCAGUGAAAAACAAAAAAUGAGUAUGUAAUAGAAUCUUUGUGGAGCAAGGGAAAUAUAGUUUCUUUAAUGCCUUCUCACUGAAUUUUGGCAGUACUUAGUAGUGGACAUGGCUCAGUUGAAUUGAAACUGCAUUUUAGUUUACCUUUAUGUUCAAUAUAACAGAACACCUUGAUGGGUAAGAACCAUAAAGCUAUAAAAAUUAGUAUUUUCUCACUUAUUGAAACUUUCUCCUAAAGUAUUUGUAUAAGACAGAAAUAUUACCUAAGUACACCGGGUUGUUAGAUUAAUACUAAACUGAAUAAUAAAGCUGUGAAAGUCAUUUUCAUAUUAACUUAUGAAAGACCCAUUUCCUGGCCUGAAUCUAGCUAGGUCAGCAGUCUAUAUGCUCCUUCUGCGUGUUUCACCAUAUUUACUUUUCUUGCUAAAAUAAUAAUGCAUUCUUUUUGGAAAUGUCUAUAGGAAAGUACAGAAAGCUACACAAAGAACCAGGCUCAGUUUACUUAUAUAAAAGACAAAAAAAAAAAGAGAUCUAAAUAGAAAACUACUUGUGUCUUAAUCUGUUCAGUGAGGAAUGCCUUUUACUUAUUCUAAAUAUUUUCUAAAGUAAGUACAAGAACUUUACAAUAAAACACAAUUCAAGUUGUUUAUGACAAGAUUGCAGUUAUUUAAGAGGAAACUCAUGCCUAAAGGAGGAAAGGAAACAUUCACAAAGCUUACCUGUUACAGUGUUGUGAAUAAAAGUUUUAAUAAUUUUGUGCUCGUUACUGGUCCUCAGUUCUCAUUUUUAAGGGAUAUUCUUAUUAUGGAAGCAUGAUUUAGUUAAUUUUUUUAAAUGCUCGUUUUGCUUUAGGAUGGAGUCUUAAAUCUUACUUGUUGAAUUAUUUUAAGUACAAUGACAGGAUCCUGUCCAAUGACAGGAUAUUACUUUUAGGAGGUACUGUUUUGGUUCUUUUUUUUUUUCAGAUGUACUUUUGUUUUUGUUUUUAAAAAAAAAAAACUAUUAGAAAACAAGCAUUUAAAAAGCCCAUCAGUGUAAUGGGUGAAUGUAAGUAAAGAAAUAAUACUAUUUUGUCCUUUAUUUUUCAAGUAAAAAGUCAUGCUAUUGCAAGUAGUUUGUGUGUAUAAGAAAUACUUUGGGAUUAAGUUAUUUAACAUUUGACUGAUUUUGAAUAACUGUGAAAAUAAAGGUGUUGCAUUUGCCUGUGAGCCCUUGAACUGUUUUCUCUACUAGUUUACUGAAAAACUGAAGUGAAACACUAACAUGUGAACUUUCUUUCCUUGUGAAUUAUCAUUUCAUUAAUUUUUCUAAACUUUGUAAUCUACAUUCUUAGCAUAUAACCUGGCACUACUUAAAAAUUGUGCAUAGGCCUCAAUUAUGUAUAUAUCAUGUAGUAUUUGUGACUUUUCUUAAAGAAAUAUUUUUGUCAGGCUCCUGUUCCUGUUUGUAGUUGUAUUCCUUUAUUAAUCAUUAGUUAAGAUUGUGCUUGCUUCCACUGAAAAAUGUUAAAUUUAAGAAUCACAGUUUUAAAUAUAUAAAAAUUUGCCCCA